CGUAGUACUAAUAAAAUAGCGGUUUCUGUUUGGGUAUAAAAGACUACGUUUGGCUUGACUCGUAGUGACAGUUCUCACAUACAAUUCAUUGUGUCUGGUACAAACUGAAGUUCCUGGUCGCUAAUUUUUAAUCUAAAAUAAAUAAACUCCUCAAAAUGAAACUCUUCCUCGUCGCAUUCGCACUUAUUGCCAGCGCAGCUGCUGAUGUCAGCCACUUGAACCGCGAAUACUUGCCACCUGUGCAACAUGGCCACCAUAGUGGUAGCGCUAGCUCGCACUACGGCGCUGUUGCUGGAGGCGCUGGCCACGGUUCAAGCGGCGGUUCGCACUACGCUGUUGGUGGUGGUGCAGGCGCUGGUGCCGGUCACAGCGGUUCUGUAUCUUAUGGACAUGGUCAACAAUCGCAUUCAACGCAUGUCUCUUAUGGCAGCGCUCCAGCAGCAGCACCAGCUCCGGUCCGUGCGCCAGCUCCAGCCCCAGUCCGAGCUCCAGCACCAGCCCCAGUACGUGCACCAGCACCAGCCCCAGUCCGAGCACCAGCACCAGCACCAGUCCGAGCACCAGCCCCAGCUCCAGCCCCAGCUCCAGCACCAGCUCCAGCCCCAGCACCAGCUCCAGCCCCAGCACCAGCUCCAGUCCCAGCUCCAGUCGAGGUUUCUUAUGGCUCAUACACUCAUUAUGAGCAGCAAUAUCAAGGCGCUGUCGAGGUUGAUGCCGGUGUUAGUGGUGACGCUGGUGACGCUAGCGCCGCCUAUGGUGUCAGCUACGGUUUGAGCGGUCAGGAUGCUGGCGUACAAGAUUUGGGCGACAACAGUCUCACCGAUAGCUAUGGCAACAAUGUCGAAUCGCAUGUGAGUUUGGCGGCUGCACAUGGACCCGCUAUCCGCGCACCACAACCUGCCUCGUACGCACACUCCGCGUCGCACGAUGCCGUGCAACAGUAUGUGAGUGGAGGCGCCGGCUCUUCGUCUGGUGUGGAGACUCAAUACGCCGCUGAUGGUGGUUAUAUCUAUACGGUUUGGGGAACAGCAUCAGUUCCAACGGUUUCUUCGUACAGCCAAGUAGUCUCAUCCUUUCCCAUAGACCACAUAUCAAAUCAUCGGAGCAAAAUGAAACUCUUCGUUGUCGCCACUCUUGCGUUGGUCGCUCUCGCUUCGGCUGAUGUCAGCCAUUUGUCGAGAACGUACUUGCCACCUAGCCACAGUGCUCCCGCUCCAGCACCAGAAUACUUGCCUCCAUCCUACUCUUCAGGUGGUAGCGGUGGUGGAUCAUACUCCUCAGGCGGUGCCGCUGGUGGUUCAUACUCUUCAGGCGGUGCUGGUGGUUCAUACUCCUCAGGUGGUGCUGCUGGUGGUUCUUACUCUUCUGGCGGUGCUGGUGGCUCAUACUCCUCAGGUGGUUCAUACUCCUCAGGCGGUGCUGCUGGUCCAUCCAACGAAUACUUGCCACCUGUGCAAAGCUACUCACCACCUGCUCCAGUAUACUCUGCCCCAGCUCCAGCUCCAGUUUACUCUGCCCCAGCUCCAGCUCCAGUUUACUCUGCUCCAGCUCCAGCUCCAGUCUACUCUGCCCCAGCUCCAGCUCCAGUCUACUCUGCCCCAGCUCCAGCUCCAGUGUACUCUGCCCCAGCACCAGCUCCAGUUUUCUCAUCAGGCGGUAGCGGUGGCUCUUACUCCAGCGGCGGUUCAUACUCAAGCGGUGGUUCUUCCGGAUUCUCUGGCCCAUCCAACACCUACUUGGCUCCAGCUGCUCCAAGCUACUCGUCGGGCGGUUCUCACUCAUCUGGUGGCUCUGCUGGUGGCUCUUACUCUAGCGGUGGUUCAUACUCGAGCGGUGGCUCCUCUGGAUUCUCUGGCCCAUCCAACACCUACUUGGCUCCAGCUGCUCCAAGCUACUCAUCAGGCGGUUCAUACUCGAGCGGUGGCUCUGCUGGUUUCUCCGGCGGUGCUGCUGGUGGCUCUUACUCCAGCGGUGGCUCAUACUCUAGCGGUGGCUCCUCUGGAUUCUCUGGCCCAUCCAACACCUACUUGGCCCCAGCUGCACCAAGCUACUCGUCAGGCGGUUCUCACUCAUCGGGUGGUUCAUCUUACUCGUCGGGCGGUUCAUCGUACUCUGGCGCCGAUGUUGGUACCCAAUAUGCUUCCAACGGUGGUUAUGUCUACAGAAAGAAGUAAAUCGCUUGGAACUGUGAUUAGUCGAACUUUCUUUCGUACUUAAGUUACCGUAGCAAUAAUUUUUUUUUCGUUUUUACUGUUGUAUUGCUUUAGUUAGUUCAUACAUACAAGUCACAAACAACAACCAUCUCAUUGCUCUCAAACAAUAUGUUGUAAAUAGUAAACGUUUUCUAUUAAAUCCAUUUUAAUUUUAUAUUUAAAAAAAA